AACUAACUCGCCCACCCAUGAUAGCUCCACUGCGCAUCAAUCGUAACGGCUUUCCGACUGAGAGCUGCGCUGACUUGUGAAGCUUGUUUUUCACACGCGUUUGUCCAACCCUAAUCGAUCAUUGACUGACUAUCCAGGUUAUGAAAUAGCUUCAAUCCUCGGACAGCGACUCGGCGACUAUCUGACUUAUUUAAGCUGACGUUCACAGCGUCGGCCAUGGAAAUCAUGCCGCUCAACUUCUAACCUAUAUAUACCAUCCAUAGUUACUACUAGAGGUUCACGGUAGCUUGAGUCGCUGUUUGAGUCGGGACCGGGGGCCGCUCGCCAACGAGGCCGCGGCCUAUCACGGCGUUGACAACUAGCAUAUAAUGGGUUGCUCGUCUUCAAAGGAUGAGGUGGAGCUCGCCCAGCAGGUGCUGGGUGCGAAGAAGGCCGCUGACACCAAAGCGGUGCGGCGACUGUCGGCGCUGGGGCUGGAAGACGGGGAGGUGUGGAUCACGCGCCAGACCACGGAUAUACGCAAGGUGUUCAAGUUUGGGCAGCAAAUCAACAAAGGGCAGUUCGGCGUGAUCCACGUGGUCACAGACGCGGCGGGCAACAAGUACGCGUGCAAGCAGAUCAGCAAACGCAAGCUGACAGGGCCCAACUCCAUUCGCGACAUACGGAGGGAGAUUGAGAUCAUGCACCACCUUCGCGGGCACCCCAGCGUCAUCACCUUCCACGGCGUGUACGAGGACGUGUCAGACGUGUACAUGGUCAUGGAGCUGUGCACGGGCGGUGACCUGUUUGAGAAGAUCGAGAAGAUGUCCACUGUCACGGAGCGGGCGGCGGCCGCGCUGUUCCGGGAGCUGGUGGAGUGCGUGGCGUACUGCCACACACUGGGCGUCAUGCACCGAGACCUCAAGCCGGAGAACUUCCUGGUCACGGACCGCACCGGCGACGCGCGCAUCAAGCUGUCUGACUUUGGGCUGUCCACCUUCUUCCGCGAGGGGCAGGCCGACUUUGCUGACGUGCUGGGGAGCGCCUAUUACAUGGCGCCGGAGGUGCUGGAGCGCAGCUACGGCAAGAGCUGCGACGUGUGGUCGCUGGGCGUCAUCCUGCACGUGCUGCUGUCGGGGGCGCCGCCCUUCGCCGGGGCCACGGACGCGGAAAUUAUCAAGGCGGUGCGGAGCAGGGAUGUGGACCUGUCCGCCAAGCCCUGGCCCGCCAUCAGCCGCCACGCCCGCCACCUGGUGUCGCGCAUGCUGGAGAAGGACCCCGAGCAGCGCAUCCAACUGGACCAGGUGUUGACACACCCCUGGCUCCGGUUGGACGGCACCGCGCCUGUGCGGGCGGUUCCCACGGGUGUGCGCGACCGCGUCCGCCAGUUCCGCACGCUCAACCUGCUCAAGCGCGAGGCGCGCCGCGUCAUGGCCGCCUCGCUGCCGCCCGAGGAGGUGGCGGGCCUCAAGAACCUGUUUGAGGAGCUGGACGCCAACGCCGACGGGCUGGUGUCGCUGGAGGACCUGGUGGCGGGGCUGGCGCGCAGGGGCGAGGCACUGGCCGGCGAGGAGGCGGCGGCGCUGCUGCGAAGUAUGGACCUGAACGGCGACGGAUUCAUUGACUACCGCGAAUUCGUGGCCGCCACCUACACGCUGAGCAAGCUGCAGCAGAGCGACGUGCUGCUCAAGACCUUCCGCCACUUCGACCUGGACGGAGACGGCUACAUCAGCAAGGAGGAGCUGGCCGCCGCGCUGGCCCAGCUGCCCGCCGCCGCCAGCUCGGCCGCCUCAGCGCGAGAGAGCGUCACGGGGCUGCUGGCGGAGGCGGACUUGGACAAGGACGGCCGGCUGAACUACCGCGAGUUCUGCACCAUGCUGCUGGCCGCGCCGGGGCUGGAGGCGGGAGGCAGCGAGGCAGACGCCAACGCGGCCGAGGUGCAGGCGGCCCUGCGGCUGUCCGGAAUUGACCUGGACUCGGCGGGGCUGCCGGGAGCCUUGAAUGGCAACGCAGCGGCGGCGCUGCCGGCCUCGGCGGCGGCGGCGGUGGCGGCUGCAGUGGCGGCGGGCUUCCGGCCCGGGAGCCACAGCACCAAUGACACGGCGUGGGACCCGAGCUUCGGCAGCGGCAAGCGCACGAGCACGGGGGGCGGGGUGCGCACAAGCACGGGCGGCGGCAUUCGCACGAGUCCGAGCGGGGUGCAGGCGAGCAUCGGCAGCCGGCCGCAGGCGCCGUCGCCGCAGCGGUCUGGGUCGCUGGCGGCGGCACCGCCGUCCAGCUCACAGGCGUCGUCGCGGUCGCAGCAGCCAUCGCCGAUGGUUUCGACAUCGCAAAUGGGCAUGCUGCAGCAGCAGCAGCAGCAGCAGCAGCAGCAGCAGCAGCAGCAGCAGCAGCAGCAGCAGCAGCAGCACUCGCGUUCGCAGCAGCACUCGCCCAUGGUGGGUGGCCACAGGCUGUCGUCGGCGCAGUCACAGUCGCAGUCGCAGCAGCUGCGGCAGCUGCAGCAACAGCAGUCCCGCAAGCAGCAGGCGCAACAGCAACAGCCACAACAGCCGGGCGUGUGGGCAGACGACUUCAGCGACGCUGGGCCGCUGGACUCGGAAGAUGAAGACAUCAUGAAGGCGUCACGGCGGCAGCCGCAGCAAGUGCAGACGCAGUCGAGUCAGCAGUCGCAUCGGGCGUAGACGGAUAGGUGGCAUGCAGGCGCACACGCGGCCCGCGGCUGCGGGUUGGGCGGUUAGCCCGGCACGCACAGGGCGCAGCGUGUGCGGCGGCGGCGCGCCACGGGGCGGCUUCUGAGCGAUCUGCGGGGCGGCUUCUGAGCGAGGAAGGGAGAGGUGGGCUGAACUGCCGCGAGUUUCGCACCAUGCCGCUGGUCGCUCGCGGGCUUCUGAGCGGCCGGGAAUGAAGGAAUGGGCUGAUUGUAGGCUGCCGGUUGGGCGUCGUUGGGAUCACGGCGCAGCCGGUGACCGGCAGCUUGGUUGGUCACAUAUACAUAGGCAUUCCGCAUGGUGCAUGUGUGCAUUACCCUGCCGUCCGCUGCCUCUUCUUGUGCCAGAGGCACGAAUACAACUUGCGAGAGGACUUUGCACUGCUCUCGCCUUCCACUUGAAACGGUGGACCUCAUGCGCGCGCGUAACUUGCGUACUUGACACAACACGGCGCUCACGCCGAACAAAUUUUGUUGUUGCUACCGUUGGUGCAUGUAUGUUGUGUGUAUGCGCGACGCCACACGACAUGCAGGAAAGCUGCACCGCAGCGGAUCCUGGCUGAUCUAGAUAAGGUAAACGGUCUUCGCGUUCGCACGGGAAAUCGUGGUGGAGAACCUUGAUCCCCGUUCCGGAGAGGUUAUUCAUACAUUCCAUUGGGUUUGGGUUGAGGACAAUCCGAUUCGAAGGGACAAAGCGACGUUGUUGUUGUGUCGUCGGGCGCUGGCACCCACUGGCGCUGGUUCAACGGCGUGCGGGCCAGAGGUCAAUUUAUGUCGGUGCGUGUGUGUGCAUUUUGGUUGCGUGCCGUGCCGUGCUGUGCCGAUGCCUUUGAGCAUCAAGCACGCACGCCUGGGAGCGAGCGAUUACGGCCGAGAUGGGUGCAUGGCUGCAUGCCGUGGUUGAUAACGGAUGACUCCUUAGGCUGAUCACAACGCCGAUUGCUGAUCACCAUGUUGCAAUUGGUUGACAAUAUUGCAUUUCGUGUAGUACGUGCUGACACAUGACCGUUUGAGGACCAUGCAGCAGUGAGCUGACUCCACCUUGGGAGACCGGCGCCACGGCACGUGUGUACCGAACACGAUUCGGUCACCUAUACUGGCCGUGGGCGAAAUUGUAUUUUAGCCUACGCGUGCGAGGGCGCUUACACUGACUGGGCGCUCUUUGGGUUGAGCUGCAUGAAUACGAAUUAUACGAUAUAGGUUAAGGCAGGUUGGCGAAUGGCUGAGUGGUGGUUGGGUUGGGCAGCUCGGGCUGCACGAGUACGAUGCCGGCAGUUGCUGACUGUGCGGAGUUCUGAGUUGUGAGUUGUGGAGCACUGGAACUGUGAGGAGGCAGUCUGCAAAGCGCGUGGCGUGUUGGUUUCAUUGCUACAGCACGUUGGGCUGCCUCACUGCGCGUGGCCCCCUCCUGUCCGUCUUCCAUUGUAACACGCAAUGUGC